AGCUGUGCUCCUCGUGAGAUCGCUUUUAGGCACCUGUGUUAGUUUAUUUUAGCACUUCAACGUCUGCGGUCGCCCAACUUUGCAAAGACAGUCGCGGCCAUAGCUUCCUCACUGCCUUACGUGCAACGUGUUCAGGAGAUAUAGGUAAUACGGCAUGCUCGUAUAGGAAGCAGCAGUGCUACAUAUGAGCCAGGCGUCGGGGGCUUGUCCGGUUUGCGCAAAGCCGAUCCCUUUGAGCUUACUGGAAUCUCAUGUAAACGCACAUUUUGAUGAGCCCGGUGUGACGCAAGGCAUCCAGCUAGCGCCGGAAAGCUCAGCUGCGCGAUGUACCAUCUGCUUUACGCUGGUACCCCUUGCGGGGCUGGAUGCUCACGAGCGAGCGCAUCAAAGACCUCAAAGGAAUCACACGCAGCAGCCCACCGCUGCCGCCGCCCCGACCUCCGCCCCCACUUCCCUCCUGCCGCCUCCCUCGCCCACCCCUUCCACCUCCUCCUCCGAUGUCAUGAUCAUCUCCCCGCCCGCCUCCCCGCGAGGCAGCAGCGGCCGGGCGGCCAGCGGGGCAGGCGGGGGCGCCACCUCCGCGGCCACCGUCACCGCCACCGCAGCCGGUAACGGAGGCCCAACCAACCGCAACGGUUCUAAUAACGGCAGCGCUCCUGGUCUCAGACGCGGCAACCCCGCCGCUGCCAGCACCGCGGAUGGUGGAGCAGCAGCAGCAGCAGGUGGUGGUGCCCCCGCCCCUGCUGUCGCUGCCGUACCCUCCGUAGUUUGCCCGUACGGCUGCGGUCAGUGGAUCCCCCUCACGGAACUGGACAGCCACGAACUGGCGCACCAGCUGACGUCAGCAGCGCCGGCGGGGGCGGCAGCAACAGGGGCGGCGGGGGCAGCAGGGAGGACGACGGUGGCUGGGGCCAAGCGCACUAGCGGCGACGGAGGAGGGGGUGACAGCGGCGGGGGAGUGGCUGCUGACGGAGGGGAUGAGGAGUGGCUGCAGGCUGCUGCCGCUGCCGGGCUGGAUGACGAGGACGACUACAGCGACCUGUACGACACAACAGCGGCAGCAGCAGCGGAGGAGGAGGAGGCGGAGGCGGCAGCUCGGCGGCUGCAGGAGGAGCAGGACUUUGAGGCGCUGAGGGCCAAGUACGGCUUCAGCAACAAGCGCCCCGGCCGCUGCUACUCCUGCGGCACCGAGGGCCACUGGUCCUCCGAGUGCCCGCAGCGGCGGGGCGGGGCGGCGGCACAGCCCCCGCAGCGUCUCAGCACUCGGCCGCAGGAGCUGGCGCAGCAGCAGCGUCCCGACCCGCAGUGGCUGCGGGGGGUUGCUGCUGCUGCGGCUGCGGGGGGGCCGGGGGGCCGCCUGGUGCACCUGCUGGCGGAGUGCCUGGAGGGGGCGGCAGGCCCCGGAUACACCGCGCUCCUGUGCUGCCCGCUGCUGCACUUCAGCGCCACGGGGGCGGACCGCGGGUGGGGCUGCGGCUGGCGCAACAUCCAGAUGAUCAGCUCGGCACUGCUGAUGAGGGG